CCACCCCCGCCUAUACAGCGGGCCCUCACCGGAUCUUUGCUGUCAGACGCCAGCGAGCCUUCUAUCUGGUGUGUUCACUGUUCUUACAUUAACGUCUAUCAGCUGUGUCUCUGUUUAUUUCAGUCAGAAGUGACUUAAAACAGGAGAUGAGGUAUGGCAGAAGAAGCCGCAGCAUGACUGAUGAAAGGUGUGUGUAGGGCUCGGCGCAGGACAAGGAAGUGAGGCCGAACCGACAUUUUUUGUAUUUGUCUUGACUAUAAAUAAUGAACGAGUUUCGUGCCAGUGAACGUGCGAUGCAGGUGGUGCCGUGGCGCGGCGCAGCGCUGCUGCUCUGCUGCGUGUGUUUGUGCGCCGGUGUGGAGAAAGAUUGUGUUCUUGGUAAAGUAGGGGAGCCAGUCUUACUGCCCUGCCUUUAUCCUGCCCUGAGUAUAUUUUUGAACUUUUCCAUCGAGUGGAGAAAAUACGAUAAAGUUGUGUUCAGAUCACUGUGGGAUGAGGAUGGGAACGUGGAGACGUGGAGCGUUAAUCAUGUCAGGAUUCCCACAGAUGCACCUCUCACUGGAAACUUCUCCCUGGAGCUGCCAUCAGCUCAUCCCAAACAUGACAGGAGCCAAUACAGGCUUUUCUUGCUUUCAGGGGAGAAUCAGAGUGCGCCACUGUGUACCAUGUGCCUCAGGAUUGCAGCCAGUUUCAGAACCCCCGAGGUGAAAAAGGAACACACAGAAGAAAAUGAUGAGUCAACCUACCUGUGUCACUCCUCAGGAGGCUACCCCGAGCCUGUAGUUUACUGGCUCAUCAACAACAGCCAGGAGCCCCCCGAUGGCUCCGUAAGAACCCAGGUUGAGGCGCUUCCCGACUCUCAUCUGUACAACAUCACAAGCCAGCUGACAGUCAACAUUCCCAAAGAUGCCACUGUGUCAUGCACCAUCAAGAAUCCGUCUAUGAAUGAAACGCUAACAUCCAAAUACGGAGCGAGCCCCAACCCUGUAGAGUGGCAGGCGUCACAUGGCAUGUGGAUCUUCAGCACUGUCCUGUGUGUGGUGGUCGCCAUCAUGGUGAUUGCCGGGGUGUACUAUCAGAUCCACCUGGACAGGAUAAACAAGAGGAGGAAGAAGGAAUACGAGGAACCACAGAGAGGAAGACGAUAUCAAUGGAAGCAGGCAGCUGAGGCCAUGAUGCCGGAGCAAGUCGAGACUGACGUGUGAAAAAAAAACAACUGAUCUACUGUUUCUUUUUAAUUGUCUGUCCAAAAAAGCACUAACAUGUAAAUAGUCUUGAAUCACUAAGUGUUGCAUUUUCUAGAUGUUUAUACGACACUAGCUACCAGCCGCCUGCUGACCAAUUACAGUCUGAAACUGCAGGGGCACUCAGCUUUAGUGUGAAGAGGAUAGAUUUGAUGUCAAGCCACGUCCAAUAGACUAGUGGUUAUAAUGUUAAUGCAGAUCUCCUUACAUCCAUUAACACAAAAACACUGGGAGCAAAGCUCAUUCUAUUCCUAAUGAAAACAUUACAAAAUGUAUCCAUUUUUUUUUCUCUACAAGAAGUGAGGAAAAGAGGAUACUAGACAGUUUAAAUAAUAGCAGGAGCAACAUUUUUUCUUUACAAGCUAAUACAGGUUCUGUACAAAAUGUGAAAUGUUUGAAUCACUGAGUAGAUGUUUAGGUUAACCACUGUUUCUGAGAACUGCUUCCCAUGUGUGGUAUGAAGUUGACCAACUUCUGGAACCUGUGAACAGAUAUUUCAGUCCAGGAUUAUUGGUCUACAUCACAGUUCAUCUGCAUUUUUUGGUUUACCACUUCUGUUGAUAAAGUCUUGCCUUGAGUAUCUUCAGUAUAUCCUGAGCACAUAACCUGUUAGCAGAGCUCCUUUUGUAUGAAAUAUAUCCUUAUAUCAUGAUCCCAACCAUGUUUCACAGUUUGAGGCAGCCCUUAGAUGCAAAAAGAACAAUCUUGUAUCACCAGCACAUAAAUUGCCUCGUUUUCCUUUAGGCAAGUCAGUGUGUUACUUAGCAAACUGUAACUUCUUCACUGCGUUGUUUUUUGUUGUUUUUUUUUACAGUGGGACAUUAUUGUGGCUUGGCUUCACAUAAACAUCUUCUGAUUGUUACAGUACUUCACAGGUAACUCCGAGUACUGCUCUGAUCAACCCUGGUUUACAUUUUAAAGCACUGAGAUCAUUUUUUUACCCUCUCCAAUCAGCUUUUAAAUCAAAGUUUUCUGAUCUUCUGAAGCAUAUCUGGAACCAGCCAUUUUAUUCAGAUAGAAAUGCACCAAUACCAGCAUGAACAUCUGGUGCCUCCAUCUUUAGAUAAGAGCCAUCUGUUUGUUCAGGGAAUGAAUGACCUCCCUGAUGUCCAAACCAUUUUUUUAUUUUAUGUCCACAACUGCUGGUUUUCUAUAAUGCUACUAUACCUACUAGUAAAUUAUUUGCCAUGUAGAAAUGUCAUUUUUAUGAAAAGCAGGGAAUGAUCUGGCUAACUUUGGACUGCUGUUAUUUUAAAACACACCUGUGUGCGUUUCAUAAGUCUUCCUUUCACACAGAGCAAUUUAUUGUUUAAUCUCCUGUUUAUUAUGAGUGUUGCUUGAUUGUUUCCUUAGAAAGAAAAACUUUUUAUCCAAUUUGAAUAAAAAGCUAACUCUGACUGCACUGUUCAAUGGUUAGGAUUAAUUAGAAUGUAUGUACCUGACUGUUGUGAAGUGCCUUGAGAC